AAUGUAAUCAUUAUCUUAAUGAAUAUAACCUUAAGAAUCUACUUGAUAUGCAUAAAUGUAGUGUUCAAAUUAUUACUAAAGUUAUACUUUCUGAAGUUAAUACAAACCUUCCAAUGCGUAUGAUUAUUAGAGGUAAUCAUGUUCUACAAAGCAUUAUUCAACAAAUUACUACACCAUCCCAAAUUAACCUAAGUCAUGAAGUAUGUGAUCUGGCAAUUAUAAGCCAUCAAGCUAACAAACGUACAACAAAAGAAAUCAAAAUGAAGCUUCUUGCAUCAUACAAUGGUGUAUCACAAUAUGAACUUGAACAAUUGUAUAGAAAUCAGAAUUCUAUAUCAAAACAAGGACUCCAACCUAUUUUACGUGGCUUAAUUUUAUGCUGGUUUCAUAUAAUGCAAACACUUGCUUUUAAAGCUGUGGGUCAUAGUAAAACUAAAGAAGAAGCUUUAGAACUUGUUAAAGCUUAUCAAGCAUUUAUUGAAUCUUUGCCACUUAUGUUUCUAUCUUCUAAUGAUAUACCAGGUAUCAAACCUAUGACUACAAAUAAUCUUACUGAACGAAUGAACAGAUCUAUUGAAGAGCAACAUAGAG